AUGAAUGCCACUACAGCUUUGAGGCUGGUCCGCCCGUCUCGCCCUACUCUACGCAAUGUCCUUCCUUCUUUUCUAAAUGCCCCAACCAAGAGAAAUAUCUCGAUACAGCGAGUGGCCGGAUCACUGGGCGCCGAAAUCCACGACGUUGAUCUCGCCAAACUCUCGGAAAACCCAGGUGUUGUCAAGGAGAUCCGAGAGGCUCUUCUGCAACAUCAAGUCAUAUUCUUUCGCAACCAGAACUUGGAACCCAAAGAAUACCUCGAUUUCACCGCUCACUUUGGCAAACCCGUCGAAUACCCCUUUGUCCGCGGCAUUGACGGCUACCCCGAAAUCAUCCAAGUCCUCAAACAAGAACACGAGGUCAUCAACUUCGGAGGAAUCUGGCAUUCGGACACCUCCUACUUUGAAAACCCACCGAUGGGGUCGGUGUUGAUGGCCAAAGAAGUCCCCCCGUACGGUGGCGACACGUUGUUCGCGAAUCAAUACGCAGCAUACGAGUCUCUGUCCGAAGGACUCAAGCAGACGCUUUUGCCCUUGAAGGCCGUGAGCACCUCAGCCAAAGCCGACGCCAGCAAAACCCGCGAAGACCGCAUCCGUGACUCGGGAAACGCAGCGGCAGCGUCCUCGCUGGAAGCACUUCACCCCGUCGUCCGAACACAUCCCGAAACCGGCAGGAAGGCCCUCUACGUCAACGUCGCCCAUACCUCACAUUUCGAGGGUUGGACAGAGGACGAGUCCGCGCCGCUCCUGCAGUUCCUGUUCCAACACCAGGUCAAGCCGGAGUUCACGUGCCGGUUCCGCUGGCAAGUGGGCAGCAUCGCCUUUUGGGACAAUCGAUGCGCGCAGCAUAAUCCGAUCAACGACUAUCAUGGAUUCCGACGAAGGAUGCUGAGGAUCACUCUGGAGGGUGAUCGACCUGUAUAG